UCCACAUUUCAUUUUCGUUGAAAUUUACUGCAAUUCAUUAAUCAGAUUCUGAGUCUUUGGAAUUUAUCACUGUCUAAAUCCAUUUCCAUCUACUCUCUCGCGUCAAUUGCUCUCCUCAUCUACAACUAUUCACCAUGCCUCCGUAAAUCUCUCUCCCACCUCCUCAGAUUCGAUUUCAUUCCUCUGUCUCUCUCCUGAGCUUCUGAAUCUUCUAAGAGAAUGGCGAUUUCUGUUGGAACCAUAUUUAAGGAACGAAAAUACCCCUUCAUUUUCACGCUGUCGCUCUUGUUCAUCUGCGUCGGCUUCCUUCUCUUGACCAACAACCAGUAUUCCUACUUCUCCAUUUCCGAUCUCCAAAGGCUACGGUCAGUUUCGUCGUCGUCGUCGUCGCCGCCGCAGCCUCCUCGGUCCCGGGAGGUUUCCAGCUCUCCGAUCACGGGGCCUAGCACGGGCAUGGUUCAAGACGACGUGGUUUCGCUGAACGCAAAUGAUGAUUCAGCUGUUGCGGAGUUGAAUUGGGAACUCUGUAAGGGUCCAGCUGCGGUUGAUUACAUUCCGUGUCUCGAUAACAUGAAGGCGAUAAAGGCAUUGAGGUCUCGGAGGCAUAUGGAACAUAGAGAGCGGCAUUGUCCGGAGCCAAGUCCGCGUUGUUUGGUUCGGCUUCCCCCAGGGUACAGAGUCCCAAUUCCAUGGCCAAAGAGUAGGGAUAUGAUUUGGUUUGACAAUGUUCCCCAUCCUAUGCUGGUUGAAUACAAGAAAGACCAAAAUUGGGUGCGUAAAUCUGGCGAUUACCUUGUUUUUCCUGGUGGUGGUACUCAAUUCAAGGAAGGAGUUACUAACUACAUUGAUUUCAUAGAGAAGACACUACCAAUUAUUAAAUGGGGGAAGAAGAUCAGAGUUAUUCUAGAUGUUGGUUGUGGUGUUGCUAGCUUUGGAGGCUAUUUGCUGGACAAAGAUGUAAUUACCAUGUCAUUUGCCCCAAAGGAUGAACAUGAAGCUCAGAUACAGUUUGCUCUGGAGCGAGGAAUUCCUGCUACUCUUGCAGUCAUUGGAACCCAAAAACUGACAUAUCCAGAUAAUGUAUAUGAUUUGAUUCACUGUGCUCGCUGCAGGGUUCAUUGGGAUGCAAAUGGUGGACGACCAUUAAUGGAGCUCAAUAGGAUCCUCAGACCUGGAGGGUAUUUUGUAUGGUCUGCUACACCUGUGUAUCGUAAUGAUGAAAGAGAUCAGAGUGUCUGGAAUGCUAUGGUUAAUGUGACAAAAUCUAUUUGCUGGAAGGUUGUGGCCAAGACUGUGGAUUUAAAUGGAAUUGGGCUUGUAAUAUAUCAGAAGCCUGUCUCAUCUUCCUGCUAUGAGAAACGCAAAGAAAAUAAUCCACCAAUGUGUGAUAUAAAAGAUAAGAAAAACAUUUCAUGGUACGUGCCUCUUGACGGUUGUAUUCCCCAACUCCCAGCAGAUAGCAUGGGCAACUCACAGAAUUGGCCUGUCUCGUGGCCCCAGAGGCUUAGCAGCAAACCUUUAAGUCUGCCAACUGAACCAGAUGCUGAACAAAUGUUUUAUGAGGACACCAAACAUUGGUCUGCCCUUGUCUCAGAUGUUUACUUGGACGGUCUAGCUGUAAACUGGUCAAGCAUACGGAACGUAAUGGAUAUGAAUGCUGGUUAUGGAGGAUUUGCAGCAGCACUCAUCGAUCAGCCAGUCUGGGUAAUGAACGUCGUCCCCAUUCACGUACCAGACACCUUGUCUGUUAUUUUUGACAGAGGGUUGAUAGGAACCUACCAUGACUGGUGUGAAUCUUCUAACACCUACCCACGGACUUACGAUCUACUGCAUUCCAGUUUCCUCCUCGGGAAUCUUACACAGAGAUGUGAUAUUAUAGAUGUAGCUGUGGAGAUGGAUCGCAUACUGAGACCAGGUGGAUGGCUUUUGGUUCAAGACACCAUCGAGAUCAUUGACAAGCUCAGUCCGGUCUUGCACUCUCUCCACUGGUCCACAACCCUUUAUCAAGGACAGUUUCUAGUCGGUAAGAAAGAUUUCUGGCGUCCUACAUCAUGAUGACCUAUUCAAGUUGAACGAACGUUAAGAUAAUAUUUUUUCUUUUAGUUUUGUUGCAAAAAAAAAAGAAAAAAAGAAAAAAAAGAAGAAAGAGAGAGAUAGAGAGAGAGGCAAGAAAUAAAUUCAUGUCAUGGUUUUAAUUGGGGUCUGGACAAUGUGUAAUAGCAAUGACAAGAAUAUUUACCAUUGGUAGAGCCUAGCCUUGGAGCUCA